AUGGAGAAGAUUCAAAACAGUCUCAAACAGUUUAAAGCACAUAUUUUGAGAAAACCACUGAAACGAGCUAAUCAUUCAUCAUGCCAAUUUCAAACAGAAAAAAAGUGGCUUCGUCUUCAGUAUCAUGCAAAUUAUCAUAUUAAGAAGCCUGAUGAACUUGAAAAUGGAAUGGAAGAUCCACCUGGUCUAAUCGAUGAAAAACUACUAGAUAAAACCUUUGGUUCAUUGAUUGGAUUGGCUUUAGGUGAUGCUCUUGGAGCACAUGUUGAGUUUCGUCCUCAUGAGUAUUUACUCUUAAACCCAGUCAAAGACCUAGAAGGAGGUGGUACAUGGGGUCUUAAAAAAGGACAGUUCACAGAUGACGCGUCAAUGGCUCUUUGUUUGGGUAUUUCACUAGUGGCUCGUCGUGAUUUUAUACCUUAUGAUCAAUUAGUUCGUUACAAAUGGUGGUUUGAGCAUGGAUAUAUGUCAUCUACAGGACAUUGUUUUGAUAUUGGUGCAGCUACUUCUCAAUCACUACAAGAAUUUAUUCAUCGCCAAACAGUGUUUGCCAAAAGUUAUCGUAUCCCUCUUAAAAAACUAGAUUACCUUUCAGAUCCUAGUCUUCUUCAGAAUUUUUCAGUGUAUUGUAGUAAGUCUGAUGUCGCUGGUAAUGGAGCUCUUAUGCGUCUUGCACCUGUUCCACUUUUUUUCUAUAAACAUCCACAAGAAGCUACAGAAUUCUCUGGCUACAGUGGACAAAUUACACAUGGUGAUAACAAAGCAUACGAUGCAUGUCGAUAUUAUGGAGCUUUGAUUUGUGCCACACUUAAUGACUAUACGAAAGAACAAUUGCUUGAUAAAGAUUUUUACAAAAAACAUAAAUCAUGGUUCGGUAAUAAACCACUUUGUGAAGAGAUAAAACAGAUUGCCGAAGGAUCUUAUAAGAAAAAAGGUGGAUAUCAAGAUGGAAUUCGUGGCAAAGGUUAUAUAGUCAAUGCUCUUGAAGCUGCUCUAUGGGCAUUUUGGUCUGAUAAUAAUUCCUUUGAGCAGGGUGUACUUGCUGCUAUCAAUCUUGGUGAUGAUACUGAUACAACAGCUGCCAUUUAUGGUCAAUUAGCUGGUGCAUACUAUGGAUAUAAAAAACUUCCGAAAAAAUGGGUAAAUCAAGUGUAUGCUAAUAAAUUUAUUUUAAAUUUGAGUAAAUGGAUAGUAUAUGAAGGAGAAAACUGGAAACAAACGGACGUAAUUCUUCCAUCUUCUCAAUGUACAGCUGAUGCUGGUAAUUCAGUUCCUAUUGAACACCAAAUAUUGGAUGUUAACAUAGAAAGUGUUCCUUUGACCCAUCGGAAUUCAGGAAAUAAAACAGUACCAAUUGGAAAGCAAAUUCGUCGGCAUAGUAUUUUAGAUGUUGAGAAUUCAAAUAAUCACUUGAUAUCAAAUCAAUACACAGUUUCUCAAUUUAAUUUGAAUGAAAUUAGUAGUUUAAAAGCCCGUGAACAAAUUUCAGCAUCAAAAUUAUCACCAGUCUAUAGACCUAGUCCUGGUAUUUCAAGGAAACAAUAUAACCGAAAAUCACCAAGAAAUGAAAUGAAUGCCGCUAAUUGA